GCCGCCGCGGCCCGCAGGGUGAGAGAGACAUGUGGACCGGCGGCGAGGAGGCUCCCUGGACGGAGUCCCAGUCUCCCCCUCCCGCCCCCGCUGCGACCCCUGCCUCGGCCGACGGCCGCGCCAUUAAAGAAACCUUGAGUCACCGUAACCCAGAGCGGCAGAGCAGAAAGAGGCUUUGGAGUCAGUUGAUUCUGUACUCUGCACUUAUUAGCUGGAUGAUUUUGGACGAAAUAUGUAAUUUCUGUGGAUAUCAUUUUCCUCGCUACCAGGCCUGUUACAUAACUGAGCUCCAGAACCGUUUGACAGUCUCCAGGAACAUUAUAAUAAUCUAUGUAUGGAAAAGUCCCAGAAAAUUAAUCCUUUUAUAUUGCACAUACUCCAAGAAGUGGAUGAAGAAAUUAAAAAUGGGUUGGAAAGAAUCACAUUAAACAUUGCUGGUAACAGUCGCUUAACACCAGUAGAAAGAGUAACAGGUGAAGAUUUUUGGAUUCUUUACAGAAUUUUAAAGAAGAAUCCAUAUAUUACUGGUUUGGAUGUUAGAUAUAACCUCCUAAGUGAUGUUGGCGCAUACUAUGCUGCAAGACUGCUUCAGAAACAACCUUAUCUCAUUUACUUAAACCUUAUGUUCAAUGAUAUUGGCCCAGAAGGUGGAGAAUUGAUUGCUAAAGCACUGCAUAAGAAUAAAAUUCUGAAACACCUAAAAAUGACCGGAAACAAGAUUGAAAAUAAAGGUGGAAUGUGUUUUGCUGCAAUGCUACAAAUUAAUUCAUCCUUAGAGAAAUUAGAUCUGGGCGACUGUGACCUGGGAAUGCAAAGUGUGAUAGCAUUUGCUACAGUUCUAACUCAGAACCAAACAAUUAAGGGAAUAAACCUAAACCGACCUUUACUGUAUGGUGAACAGGAGGAGUCUACAGUUCAUCUAGGCCACAUGUUGAAAGAAAAUCACUGCCUUGUUGAACUACACAUGUGUAAGCAUCAGAUAAAAACUGAUGGCAUAAGACAGUUAUGUGACGCCCUGUAUCUCAACAGGAGCCUCCGCUACCUUGAUGUCAGCUGCAAUAAAAUAACUCAUGAUGGAAUGGUGUAUUUGGCUGAUGUGCUGAAAAGCAAUACUACCCUGGAAGUAAUAGAUCUUUCUUUUAACAGAAUAGAAAAUGCAGGAGCAAACUAUCUCAGUGAAACUCUUGCUUCACACAACAGGAGUCUUAAAGCAUUGUCGGUGGUCAGCAACAACAUAGAGGGAGAAGGACUUGUUGCACUUUCACAAUCAAUGAAAACAAAUCCCACUUUCUCUAAUAUCUACAUUUGGGGAAACAAAUUUGAUGAGGCUACAUGCGUGGCAUAUUCAGACUUAAUUCAAACGGGCCGUCUAAAACCAGACAAUACAGAUGUGGAGCCAUUUGUGGUGGAUGGACGUGUGUAUCUUGCAGAGGUCUCCAAUGGCCUUAAAAAGCAUUAUUACUGGACACCAACUUAUGGAGGAGCUUGCAGCGACUCGUCUAAUGCAGGUUUUACUCUUGUGCCAGUAGGUCAACAUCUAUGAAAAACAAGCUCUAAAAUGAUUUUCACAUAUUUGUCUUACUACUUUCACAGAGGUUAAUAUUUUACUUCUUAUUAAAUUUUUCUUUCAUAAAUUAGGACAAGUUACUUUUGUCAGAUGUGUUAAAAGAUAUGAUGACUAUAUUAAAUGUUAUAUAACUGUCCAUUGUGAAAAACUGAGUAACUUUUUAAAAGAAAUUUUACAAAAUGGAGACUAAAAUUUCAACCCUGGAGAAAGAAAUCAAGGAACUAAACUUAUUUCUUUUUAUAAGGAAAA